ACUUCACCACUGUAUUGUAUUUCCCUUGUCAGACUUCACCAUUCAUCUUAGCAGACUAUAAAAAGACAUGAGAAAGACCAGAAACACAUCCCUGGACACCACGGUGACGGAUUUCAUCCUCCUGGGCUUGGCUCACCCCCCCAAUCUAAGAACCCUCCUUUUCCUGGUCUUCCUCAUCAUUUACAUCCUGACUCAGCUGGGGAACCUGCUCAUUCUGCUCACCGUGUGGGCUGACCCAAAGCUCCAUGCUCGCCCUAUGUACAUUCUCCUGGGAGUCCUCUCAUUCCUGGACAUGUGGCUCUCCUCAGUCAUCGUUCCUCGAAUUAUCCUCAACUUCACUCCCACCAGCAAGGUGAUCCCAUUUGGUGGCUGUGUGGCUCAGCUGUUUGCCUUUCACUUCCUGGGCAGCACCCAGUGCUUCCUCUACACCUUGAUGGCCUACGACAGGUACCUGGCAAUAUGCCAGCCCCUGCGCUACCCCAUGCUCAUGAAUGGGAGGUUAUGCACAAUCCUCGUGGCUGGAGCUUGGGGAGCUGGCUCCAUCCAUGGGUCUAUCCAGGCCACCUUGACCUUCCGAUUGCCCUACUGUGGGCUCAACCAGGUGGAUUAUUUUUUCUGUGACAUCCCUGCAGUGUUGAGACUAGCCUGUGCUGACACAACUGUCAAUGAGCUUGUGACAUUUGUGGACAUUGGGGUUGUGGCCGCCAGUUGCUUCAUGUUAAUUCUGCUCUCCUAUGCCAACAUAGUCCGUGCCAUCCUGAAGAUACACACCGCUGAUGGGAGGCGCCGGGCCUUCUCCACCUGUGGCUCCCACCUGACCGUGGUCACAGUCUACUAUGUCCCCUGUAUUUUUAUCUACCUUCGGGCUGGCUCCAAAAGUCCCCUGGAUGGGGCAGUGGCUGUGUUUUACACUGUGGUUACUCCAUUACUGAACCCUCUCAUCUACACGCUGAGGAACCAGGAAGUGAAGUCUGCUCUGAAGAGGAUAUCAACAUGUCGAGGGCUGUGAGUGAAGAUAGGUAACCACACCUACAUCACCAACGCUAGCACUCCUUUCAGUACUGCUGCAUGUGA